GUCGAUCUUCUCCUCGCCCUUGUCUUCAAUCCCUGGUUUCAACUCUCUCAUCUAGCGAGUAUCCUUGGUCACAAUUGUUAAAAUGAGCGACCGGAUUCGCCCACAGUACACCGUGCUCCAGUCACAGUAAGUACACGAACCAACCGAUUCGGGUCUUGAAAGACUGACCUCUGAGAUAGGGACCUGAGCUACGACGAUAUCGCCAAACUCAAUCCCUUCUACGAACCAUUCAUGAAGUUCUGGACAGGCUCUCCAACUAGUGACACGGCUGUUCCAUUCGAUGCUCAGUCAUCCGCAUCGUCGGAGUACAUUCCUGUUGGAAUUGAAUCAGAUCUGUCACCUCGCCACUCACCUCCGUCGCCCGUGAUGCACCAGUCCGAGUUUGACGACACAGUCUGCGUGCUGGAGGCACCAGGCAUCACACUUCACAAUGGCCGUGGACACCAUAUCGGCUACCAUCCAUACUCUGAGCCCGAAGUCAGCCAGACGGUCAUGAUGAGGCUCAGCCCUAGCCCUCAGCUGUCUCCGACUGCCACAGACUUGACUGGUGUUUCGCUGGUGGGUAACCCCCUGAGCGGAAGCAAGCCUUCACACAAGAAGCUUUUCGGCGAGAACGGCUGGCUGGGGAGCAACGCAGAUCUCAGAGAGCUGGCGGGUGACAACCACAAGUCUUUCGGCUUGCGCAGACUGGGGAAGAAAUUCAAGAUGCAUGUUGAAGACCUGGUGGAAGACCUGGUAAGUGGACCACCAUGUCACGAUGGAAGACCAUGUCCUGACAUCUCCUUGAAAAAGACCGUUGACCUUUUCAAGGUCAACCUUAGCAUCCAUUCCUCCGGGCCUAUGCCUGAGAGGUAUGGACCUGCAAGGACUGUGCCGGUUUCUCUGGAUGCUCCGACCCAAGCAAGACUGUACUCGCAGCUGGAGGUUAUGAUCUGUGUCGUUGCCAACAGGUUCCUCGUCGAACAACACAAUAGAGGUCUGCUAUCCGGAGAAUCCAUUUCCAAGGUCACCAACUACUGGGCUGCAAAGAAUCGGCCACGAGUCGUGGAGUUUCACUAUGAUCAAACUACCCAGCGCCAGCUGAUCUUGUCGAACCUUCGGACUGUUCAAUUCAACGGGUCUAGCGCAACCAACCCAGUACAAUUGAGAACGAACCUGAACAACUGGAAAGCGAUCGGCAAAGAGAUGAGCGUUCGCACUUUCUGCGCCCCGGACAGCGCGAUUCGGAAGCAAAUGUAUGACAUCCAUAAGCUUCUGGAGAUGCUCGGGGCGCCCCUGGAAACUAUGCGUGACUUCGAAGAGUUGCAGAUGCAGGCUUUGUUGUUGAUGAAGCGCGGCUGAGUCGGCCAGAAUAUACUGUGGUGCAGUGGGGAAGUCGGGGCUACGCUUGUGGAAUGACGGGGCAGUUGAUUCGCCCUUACCGGCUCGAUCUAGGUGUUUUGCUUUUCAUUUUCGCUGAUUUUUAGUUUUCCCCUUUCAUGUCUCUCGCGAAAACGGAGUUGUCAAGCGUAUCGAAUGAUAGUCUAGAAAUCAAUCAAUUUCUCCGCCUUUUGGAUUCCGUCACGCGCGGAAUUCUUGACCGAAUGAACGGAUUGCCAUCAUGUGCGGAUCAGGGUUAUUGCAUAAUCGGGGAUCCUAGCUCGGACGAAUAACAGCUUCGAAUGACCAACGUGGCUCCUGCGUGACUGCUGUCAUACUCGAGUUGAUGAGGUGGCAAUUGCGGUCGGGGGUGGUGGUGGUGGUGGUUGUUG